GCUUCUGCUGCUGAGGUAAGGGCGCAUCAUCUGGUUCAUUCAGCGAACGGUGGGCAGCCUCCUUCGGCCCGACUUUCGCUACGGGCGCACCCAUACGCCACCACCGUUCUGCCGAGACCCGUUGGGACGCUGUGGGUUUUCGUAAAGGAGUACGGCAAUGGGUCCGUUGAAGCGUAGAUCGCGUUCGAACGUCUACUAAGCCUAAAGGAGGGCCUUGCGGAGGAGAUGAAAGCAACGCGACUUGCUCGGGUUGGUAGCAGCAGCAGCAGCGAUCGUGGUCUGAGUGAAGGCAUCGGGCAUUGAUCUUCACUCAUGAGUGCUGCGAUCUGCCGAGUGCCAGGCCGUGCUGCCCUUGAGCCUCUGCAGCUGUAAGCACUGUCCUCAGUGCUGUGACCAGCUGAAAGCUAAAGGAUGGAGGACCCCCAGCAAGAAAAGGCCAACAAUUCAGAUUCAGUGUCAAGUCCUGGGCGUAGCAGCCCAGCCUCGCAGCAGAGCGAUCAUGGCAGUCAAUCACGGCCUCCUCCAGAACAUCGAGUAGAGGCCCCUGUUGCUGGCACGGGAACAAGCCGGCGACGCAGGGCUGUCGACUGGGAGAUCAUGCAGGGCUUACGCAGCGGCCAGCGUUGUGAGGACAAGCCACGCAAAUUCGAAGGGUACCUGCUCAAGCGCCGCAAGUGGCCCCUCAAAGGCUGGCACAAGCGGUUCUUUUGUCUUGAAAAAGGGAUCUUAACAUAUGCAAAGUCUUCAACUGAUAUGGCAAAAGGAAAAAAUCAUGGCUCCGUCGAUCUCGGAUUGUCCGUCAUUUCCACGAAAGGCAAAGGCAGGCGAGUCGAUAUUGAUGCUGAAGAGUUCAUCUAUCAUCUAAAGGUUAAAAACCAAGCUCAGUUCCAGCAGUGGGUGCCCCAGCUGCGCCAUCAUCGCCUCUAUCGGCAGCACGAGAUUGCCUUCGGUAGCCGCGAGGCCCCCAAGAUGACCUCUCCUGCUGUGGAAGACACCAGUACAGUGCCAACCCCGGGAGGUAUGGAACCCAGUGGCUUGCCAUCGGCUAUAAUGGGGGAGAAUUCUCGGCUAAUACGAAGUCCUCUCAUCCAGCAACAGAACCGUGUAGCUGCUUGGAUUUUAGAUUCUACGGCCAUUGACCAUGGAAACAAAGAUGCAUCCAUGCUGCAAGAGAAGAUAUUCCAACUGGCAAAUCUGCUUCAGCUAAUCGAAAAUAGUCCAAGUGGCAUCUCUUCAAAUUACUUGGAGAUUCCCGAGAUGGAGCAUGGGACAGUCGGAGGAGUUCAGAAGAAAGACCGCAAAAGGUUCCACCUGAAGCGUAUCCGGAGGGGCAAAAAGGAAGCCGAGCCUGGGUCCAGCUCCCAGGGCAAGGCGGGCAGCGGUGGCAAAGCCCCGCUUCAAGUAGAAAUCACAGUGUCGCAGGAGGCCGCGGCAGCCCACGACAUUUCGGCCAGCAUGGACAACCUGGCUGAUGUGAACCGUGGGGACAGUAAAUCGGACGGCUCUGCAUCCCUAUCAAUUCGUGACAUGGGGUACCUGAGCUGCUCUCACCCGUCGCUGGCGAUGGACAGCACGCUAACAGGGCAGGUGUCGGACACAACCUCUUUGGUCUCGUACUGUUCAUACGAUUCGACGGGUGUCUUCCGGCACAUGGAACAGUUCCUCUCACUUGCGAAAGAAGUGCAUACAGGACUUCGGACCAUGCUACGGGGUCUACAAACUGAGCGCGAGCGCCUUAAGCAGCACAUUGAGUCGGAGAACCUUCCUGGUGGUGGCGGAAAUGCUGCCCUGGUUGCAAAUCUAAAAAAUGCACUGUCUCAGGCCCUCCAGCAAAACUAUGACUUGCGUGCUUGCCUUCGAAGGAUUCAUGAAGAUUCCGAUCCAUCUUCGUUUCCACCUCCUGAAAGUCCAGCGGGUGAAAGUUUCGAGGAGCCAACACUUGUGCACCCACCUCUGCAGCAGUCGGUGUCACAUGAGAGCUCGUCGGCGCUGUCCACGUCUGAGUUCUUUGAUGCUGCCGAGAAGCUGUCACAGAGCAGCUCUUCUUCUGAAGAGGAGGAAGAAGAAGGCAGUUUCUGCAGCGAAGUGUCCGAUGACGGCACAGAGUAUGCGCCGGGUGCCGGGGGCGACUCUGGCGGCAGGGCCCCGUCGACUCAGGGCAGGCGCUCGAAACUGCCCGCUCCCAAGCCGGACGCGGGUGACACGAGCCUCUGGAACUUGCUUUGCAAGAAUAUCGGCAAAGACCUGUCGAAAGUGAGCAUGCCGGUGACCAUUAAUGAGCCACUCAACAUGCUGCAGAGGCUUUGUGAGGAGCUGGAGUACAGUGAUCUCCUGGAUAAGGCUGCCUCCAUGGAAGACCCCGUCGAUCGCAUGUUGUGCAUAGCAGCCUUUGCGGUGUCUGGAUACAGUUCAUCUUAUCACCGAGCGGGACACAAGCCAUUCAACCCGCUACUUGGGGAGACCUACGAAUGCAUUCGAGAGGACAAGGGCUUUCGGUUUAUUGCAGAGCAAGUGAACCACCACCCUCCUGUAUCGGCCUGCUAUGCUGAGUCAAAGAACUACAAGUUCUGGCAGGAUGUUCGAAUCAAAUCAAAGUUUUGGGGGAAAUCUAUGGAAAUCCUUCCAGUCGGUUCCGUUCACCUCGAGUUGUUCAGCUCGAACAGUCACUAUGAAUGGAACAAAGUGACAACAUGUGUGCACAACAUCUUCAGCGGUCAGCGCUGGGUGGAUCAGUAUGGGGAAAUGACAAUCCGUGACCUGACGUACGAAGUCACCUGCAAGCUGACGUUCGUCAAGGCUAGUUAUUGGUCGGACAAGAGGCACGAAGUGUUUGGGACAGUAGUGAACAAGCAAGGAGACGUUGUCUGCAACUUGUCAGGGCAGUGGACUGAAGCCCUCUACUGCGGCACGGCACCCACUGCGAAGUGCAUCUGGAGGCCAGGAACAAUGCCUGAAGAUUUCGAGCUGUACUAUGGCUUUACCCGUUUUGCAAUUGAGCUCAAUGAGCUUGACCAGCAGAUGGCCAAAUUGCUGCCUCCUACUGACUCAAGGUUCCGGCCAGACCAAAGGUUACUGGAAGAAGGCAAUAUCAGUGCAGCUGAAAAUGUAAAGUCCCAGCUUGAGCAAUUCCAGCGUGAGCGGCGUAAGCAGAGGGAGGAGUCUGGCCUCGACUAUCAGCCCAUGUGGUUCAGGAGAGAGACAACGAAAGAUGGCAAAGAGCACUGGGUCUACAACCAGAAGUACUGGGAGACACGUGCAAACCCAGGUUUCAGCAAUAUCUGUUUCCCAGAAAAGCUUUGGGACCCUCUGUAGUGAGCUGGACUUUCCUCUUCGUGGCAUCAGGGUGGUGGCUGGGUCCUCUUCUUUUUUCCCUUCCUUGUUUUCUGCUCUUUUACCCCACAGCCUUGUGUUUUGCUCAGGUUGUGCGCACAUUGACUGCACAGCCAGCUUUUUUUUUUUUAAUCUUUACUCUUUUUAGAAAUUGACUACCUCGAAGAGCCGCACACAUCGAAGAAGGGUUUUCAGAAACAUUUGAGGUAGACCUUCAGGUGUUCUUGAUUGAUGGUUAACACUACUACCCAGGGACUUUCAAGCCAGCAGGUUUACUGGUGGCACGUGAUAAUGUUUGGGUGUUUUUGCUUAGUGCUCUGAGGUCUUGCAUGCCCAUGCUGUUAGGGAUGCAUGGGACUAUUGCAGGCGAAAAAUCUUUUAUUUUUUGUCUUGUUCUAUGCUUUGCUCACUUUGUACUCUGCAUUUCUGUUGGGGUGCACUCUUAUGAGUGGUAUAUAGUACUCUCAGCAAGCAGCACUAGGGGCUGCAUUUAUGGUUGCUCUGUGAUUUGCUUUUCCGGUGAAAACGUGGUGCCACGAAAUGUUAAGGACUACACUCGACAGUGGUCGCAUUUGAGUAUCUUUAUAGACUCUGGGUACUCCCCCAAAUCCUUUGAAUCUGCCUUAAGAGCCUGGGGAGUUUUGACCUGUUGAUGUGCAUCAACUGCCUGUUGUUAUUUAACACAGUGUACCACCCAUGCUUGAAGCUUCAUUGAGUUAGUUAACUUAGUGUCACAUUUGUUGCAGUAAUUUAUUAGUUGUAGCUUGAACUGCCUACAAGUGUAAAGAGUGCUAGGGGCAAGAGUGGACUAUUAGAUGACGGAAGGUUCACACUAGUGUUCAACUUCUAUAGCAGUUUUUUAAAGUUAUAUGUAGAGUUUGGUCUUGUAGUACUUUUCACUUUACAUUUACACCUUUGCUUUUAUCGUUUUAUUCUGACUUGAAAGAAUUGUGUGUAAUACGAGUAGUUAUUUGAUUGCACCCUGCAGGCAGGUGUAGAGGCAUAUUUGAUUUGUUAUUGUGUUGACAGUGUAUCUAUGUUUAAUGUCAGGAAAUGUUGAGAUACUGCGGAUAGCGAAAAUAUUAUAGUAACACUAUGGUGUAACCUUGGAACACUUUUGAAUGUGCUGUGUUGGGAAGCAAAAAUCUGUGAUUGCUGUGGUGUUGGUUGUAAUCUGGUUUUCCAUUUUUUGGGAUAGGGGAAGGGGGAAUGAGAAGUGCUAGCUACCUCUGGAAAUUGGUGGCAAUAGAUAGUGCCUCAUGUUUUGGAGAACAAGAGUGAAGAGCCAAGCAAACAAAAAAAUCAUAUUUCUGGCGUCCAACACACAAAUCAGUAAUGUACCACAAAAUUCCCGCAGCUAAAUGAUUUCAUUUUCUUACUGCUUGUAGUCAGUCUUUAACCGUGGGAGUAGCAUAUCAUCUUUCUUUCAAGUGCCUGCAUUUCUAUGGGGAUUACUUUUCUGUUUGUUUUUCAUAGGGUGAAUUUUUCGCGCAACCAGGUCUUUGGGGAAGCAUUUUUAGGAGUUUUGUUUUGACUCUUAUGAGUAAGAAGGAAGAAAAGUGUUUGCCUUGCAAGCAGUCCUGUAGAAGUAGUAUGCACACAAAACAAAAUCUUGACCCUUCUAAUGAUGUAACUAAUCAAAUUUUUGGGGAAAGUGUUUUUAUCAUUUUAACGAAGGUGAGUGAUCUCAUUUUCAUUUAUUUUAGCAUGAAAAUCUCUUGCAAUGGGUAGGAAGCAUUUUAUAGAAGUGUUAUGGGUGGGUAAGCAAGCCUGAAUGUCAUUAGCCAAGGUUAACAUCUUACUUUCCUUCCAAUUGUGCAAAUAAUGUUUUCUUACUGCAGUGAUUGUUAGGACAAAAACAUAGCCUCUCUCACACUGUUCAUGACAAAAGAAAACUCCACUUUUCAUGGCUUCAAUGCGUGAAAUGCUUGAAGGUUUAGGAUGGAAAUUGUUUUAAUGGCACUUCCUCUAGCUGCUGAACACUAAAAAGCUAGUGGUGCAUUAGAGCUGAGAAAAAAUGUUUGCUUGAGGAAAUGCAAGACCUACACAGUUUAAUUCCUUUGCACCUGGUUUAAGAAAAAAAAACUAAAAAAAAAAAAACAGAACAUUUUUUUUUUUUAAAUAUAGGGAUUUGCUUGUAUGCCAAUGACUAGGCUGGAGUUGCUUCUGCUCUUCAGCUUAGUAAAACUUCCAGUGAUGUUGCACAUAAGUAAAUGCAAGGUCACAUUAUAGCAAGGAGUUACAGCUAGCCUAUUAUGUUUUUGUUGAUGAAUAGGUAAACCUCGGGUGCAAGCAGAGCUCCCCGCACAGUCUCGAAAGCUGGAAAUGUAAAUUCCAGGAAAUAUGCUUGUACUACCGCACACUAAGUGAUAAUUCCGACUACAACUUUAGUUCCCAUCUAACAAAUCUGUUUCAGUUAUAUCCCUUGCAAGACUUAAAUCAAGUUAAAGCUCGUAAGCUCAUACCUUGCAUCAUCAGAGUUACUGCAAGAUACUUCAUGGUUGCUGCAGUCUUUAUGAUUUCCCUGUUAUUUCUCUCCCUCAACUGUGCAUAGGUAAAAACUACCAAUCGGGUGAGAAGCAAUGUUGCUAUGAUGUCAGAAAGGUUGUUGUAGGUGCAGGAGCCUAAGUGCAUGGUAUACUCAAGCUUGAAAACUCUUAACAUUGCACUGGAAACCAAACUGACAAAACUUGGAAAUAUGUUAUAGGUUUCAAACUGUCAUAUACUUCAGUUUUCAGUUUUUUUUCUAGAUCUGGACAGUUCUUUCUCUGCACAUAUGUGGAUGAACUUGUUGGUGCAGCCUUUGGGUAGUGAAUAAUACAGAUGAUCGACAAGGCUGGUUUGGUGUUGGAACACAUGGUUCUCGUUGCCUCUUGCAGAAACAGGGUCUUUUUUGCAUCGGCACUUGUAGCUUCGUACUUGUUGCAAGCACUCUAUCCAAAGACAGAACAAAUUACAGUGCCAACUACAUCAGCCCCUAUGGUGUGUUGCCAAAAUCCUUCUGCCUGCCUUGUUUCUUGCUGGGAAUUUUAAUUUCAAGUCAAAUGAGAAUAGCUAGCUUCAAAUUUGCCUUUUUCAACUAACCUCAAUUGGUGCAGAGAUAUUUCAGAGGCACCCUCUUGGUGGUUCUUUUCUGUAACGUCACAACCAAGAUUUGCCUUGCUGUGACGUCACGAGUUGUGACCCAAUUCACUUAUGGUUUGCAACUUAGUUGCCAAUCAUAAGUUUGAUAGUGUGUGCCCAAGGCACUGUAGAAGGUUGGAGUCCUCGCAUUCUCAAACAAACACCAUUGAAGUUGACAGUCUGACAUUAUUAUUAUUUCUGUUGGUGACAGCAGAAUUAAUUCUACUAACGUCAGCAUAGUAAGCGUUCUGCCAGCCGUGGGAAGCUGACCGCAGCGACGCUUUUGGUGGCACACAUCAGGAGCGAAUAACAAUAUGUAAUGUUUUCUUUUGGGGUGGUUUCGGUCUUGCUCUUUUUUAUUUGAAGCUAUACUUACAAAUAAGUCAUCAGAUCUGCCUAUUACAUUAGAAAAUUCAGACUUGGAAUUUAUUGAGUUACAAAAUGUUUUGAAUCUACCGAAGGUGGCGUGCCCUGUUUUUGUCCAUUGUAUUUUUAUUUUUUGUGCAAUUAACCCAGUGUUGGAAAUGGAUUUAUUCUAUCUGGUGAUUAAAUAUGUCCAGUGGAAAGGUUGCUAUGAAAUCUGGAAAAUGUCGCUUGCUGUUGGUACUUAAACAUUUGUCAAAAUAUUUGUAGCACCUGCUUAUUUGGGAAAAUUGCGUGCAGAAUCGUCUCAAUUUGAGCAUCAACUUAGUGCAUGCUGUUGUGUGAACACUAAUAGUAUGAAUUUUUGCGGGACUGCUUGAAUGUUGACAAAUCCUCAUUUUUGUUGUACUAAUUUUUCGUGUGCCCAAGUUUUUGGCACAAAUAUGAAGAAAACUGGAUCCCUCGUGUGUCAAUCAUGCACACCUUGCUAUCCAGCAAUUUUAACCCUGAUCUGGCAAAAUAAAGGCAAACACAAUUUAUAUAUUCUUUUUUAGAUGUAACUUUAAAAUGUCUUAGAUCCUUUCUUGUUGAGGGCUGAUGUUAUAAAUUUUUGCAUUCAUUGCACUUUAUAUUACCUUGUUCUUUGCAUAAAUACCAUUGAUGUUAUUGCAUUUUGGCAGUUUUUAAAGUUUUUUGGUUUUCUAAUAUGACAAUCAAAAACGACGCCAUACUUGGUGACCCUUUCACUAUCAGAUUUACAGACAAGGAUUUUCUGUUUUUUGGUGACUGUGGUCCUCUGCUAUUUGGUUUGGUGUGUUAUAUUUUGUACAAGAUGCACUUUGUACUUCAGUAGAAGUUCUGAAAUUUGCCAUAGUACUAGUUUCUAAAUUUCUAGGGUGAAUAGGGACCUCGUAAACAUGCUUGAGAUGCUUGCUGAGAGCUAGCAUCCUUGUCUAUUUAUGAAACUUGCAUCCUGAUCUUUUGCAGUAUAUUUUUUAUCCAUGUUCAUAGUUUUUUUUGCAAAAUCGCAGUGUUAGAGGUUUUUGAUAAUUGUCCAAUGUGGCAGGUUCAGUGUAUCAAAACUUUUUUGUGCUGCUUGAAGACUAAAGAGUUUCGUGAUGAUUAAUGUUUUAGUGGCUAUGGACAACUACUAAUUAUGCAAGUGAUUCUUCAUUAUUAAGGGUCCCUAGUUUUAUCAGUGUUUUGCUUGAUAAUAGGAUAGCUGAGGGAUUGUUGCAAACCAUAUCUGUUGAAAUCAAAGUCAUGCCUACUGUGUUGACUUAAGGUACCUGUACAGGUGGUUCGGCUUCCAAAAGCUAUACAAGGCUGUGAAAGCUGUCACGUUGCUUGUUGUUUACUGUUAGAAAAGAAUUAAAUAGUUGGAUUGUUUACCCUGUUACCUAGUGUUCAGGAGAGGAGGCAAAGCACACAUUGCUAGCUUCAUCCUUAGCGGUAGUCGACAUUAAAGAGGAAAAGUGAUAUGUCAAGUUGACUAACUUUAGGUAUUUAAAAAAAACCGUUGCUGAGUUGAAACUAUUUUAUUUUGAAUCUACUACCUACUCCCAGGAUUGUUUGGGUAUUGCUGUUAGGAUAUUAUCUUAUUGAACUGGAUUAUCAUUGCUGUGCUUGAGCAAGGUUCAUCAUUUGUUGAGCAUCAUUCUUCUGGUACUGCGCGCACAUGGGAGUACUUACUUGCAUUUACAUUUUAAUUAGAAUUUCAUAGGAUGGGACUUGCACAGAAGCAUUGGCGAACGUUUGCCCAGUCAUUUAAAUUGACAGGGAAGUAUUGAUUUUUUUGUGAAACGAUGUUUUUAGAUUUUGGUGAGCUGUAGCAACGAAUUUGAAAAUGAUAUUCCUUUGUAUACAAUCUUCAUGGUUGUGGGACAUUCCCGCAGGCAUUUGGCAGUUGGCUUCUGGGUUUGCCGAGUGUUAAUAACCUUGCUUUUUUCAUUCCUUGGGCCAAAGUGAAAGUAGGUUUUAGGCGAUAUAGCGUGCCGAGUGGUGCGAAAACCAGGUUUAGUCGAGCUUUGUUAUGUAUAAUAGUAAAGUACAGAGUGAUAUCUGCUCAGCAGUACUGUAAGUCUUGUCCUGUUCUAGUGACUGCAGCAGUAAUAGGGGAGCAGUGACUAGCAGUUUACGUAAGAGGUGCAGUAUGGAAAAAAUAUAAAGAUUUUCUAGCGACUUACCGGACUUUUAAUGUUGCUUUUCAUCUUCAUAUCAGCUCUGCAAGUGCUUUGGAGAGGGAUAAUCUCUAUGUAUCCCAUCUAGAAUACUCCACUUCUGUAAAAUGGAAUUCAAUGGCUCUACUGUUGAGUGGUCACCACCAUAGGUUUUGGCCAUCUAGCAAUAAUUAAGAAGUUUUCAAACAGUGAUGCUCCCUUCAUGUUUGUUGCCUUUUUCAUGCUUUGUGCGAGCUCCCAGCUUUCGAGAAUACGUUUUUAUUUGUUGUGGACAAAUAAAGUGGCAAGGAUGAUGCUGUGCCCUUCAAAAUGCA